UAGCGGAAGUAAUGUCGGCUCUCCCGGUUGCUGCUGGCUACUCGUCUAUCCUUCUUUCCCACAAUAGCUUUUUCUAAUUCUUCAUUAAUUUUCUAUUUUGCUUGACGUAGAUUAGACGGGUUCGCAAAAUAUUAGAAAAAAAACCUCUUAAAACUGCGUCUCGUCGGUUCUCGACUCUCAUCAGUUUAGUGUAGUUUAGAAAUGAUGUUGUUAGCGUUAGCCUCUACAUAGAAGCGCAUUUAGCUGACAGUAUUGUAUUGUACGAGCGCCAGUAAAUGAAUGAAGACUACUUACGCUUGACAUUCUGAAGAGAAGCGUUAAAUCACAACAUAGUAAACAAUGACUACAGGCGCUGAUGUAAGGGAUAUACUGGAAUUGACUGGUGGAGAUAAUGAUGGACCCAUCAGCAAGAAAGACCUCAUCAACUCAGACAAGAAAAAAUCGAAGAAGUCAACAGAAACUUUGACCUUCAAGAGACCGGAGGGAAUGCACAGAGAGGUCUAUGCUCUGCUCUACUCAGAUAAGAAAGAUGCACCCCCUCUGUUGCCUAGUGAUACUACUCAGGGCUAUAGGACAGUAAAAGCCAAGUUGGGCUGUAAAAAGGUGCGUCCCUGGAAGUGGAUGCCCUUUACUAAUCCCGCUCGCAGGGAUGGGGCUAUCUUCCACCACUGGAGACGUGUGGCAGAGGAAGGCAAGGACUACCCUUUUGCCCGUUUCAAUAAGACAGUACAGGUACCAGUGUAUUCAGAGCAGGAGUAUCAGAUGCAUCUCCAUGACGAUGGUUGGACUAAAGCAGAGACAGACCAUCUGUUCGACCUGAGCAAGCGCUUUGACCUGCGUUUCACAGUUGUCCAUGACCGCUACGACCACCAGCAAUACAGAAAGCGUUCAGUGGAGGACCUUAAAGAACGGUAUUACAAUAUUUGUGGUAAGCUGACAAAGGUCCGUGCAGCUUCAGGGACAGAGCCCAAGAUCUACAUCUUUGAUGCUGGCCAUGAAAGACGUCGUAAAGAACAACUGGACAAGCUUUUUAAUCGCACACCUGAACAAGUGGCAGAAGAGGAAUACCUAAUUCAGGAGCAAAGGAAGAUUGAAACGAGAAAGAAGGAGCGGGAGAAGAAGGCUCAGGAUUUGCAGAAACUCAUUAAAGCUGCUGACACAACCACAGAGUUAAGACGGGCUGAAAAGAGGGUGUCCAAGAAGAAACUCCCACAGAAAAGAGAAACAGAAAAACCGGCUGUUCCAGAGAUGGCAGGCAUCAAGUUUCCCGAUUUCAAAUCAGCCGGAGUUACGCUACGCAGUCAGAGGAUGAAACUGCCAAGCUCUGUUGGCCAGAAGAAGAUCAAGGCCAUUGAACAGAUUCUCGUAGAGCAAGGAGUCGAUCUCAACCCCAUGCCUACAGAAGAAAUCGUACAGAUGUUCAAUGAGUUACGUAGUGACCUGGUACUGCUCUAUGAGCUGAAGCAGGCCCACAGCAAUUGUGAAUAUGAGCAACAGAUGCUGCGCCACCGCUAUGAGGCUCUCCUGAAGGUCGGCAGUGGAGCCGGGUGUGGAACUGCAGGGGCAGGACUACUCGCUUUACCACAAGGCGGUGAGCUCAACACCACCAACAGCACUGUAACAUCCACCCCAGGGGGCGAUGUUCAGAACUGGCCCUGUGUAGAUGACAUCAAAGUGGAAGCCAAGGAGCAGAUCAUUGAUGUUGUAGGAGCACCGCUAACCCCUAACUCGCGCAAACGGAGAGAAUCUGCAUCUAGCUCAUCGUCGGUGAAGAAGAUGAAGAAGCCAUGAUGAAGAUGAGAGCACCAGCUGGUGCAUAGUGGAGUUACUCUAGUCACAGUGGAGAAGCACCACUGACUCCACACACACACACAACUUUUCACCUUCUAAACAAGACCUCUCCACCCCAUCCCCAUCUGGAUUGCCCAGCAUUUUUGUGACAAAGGCAACAACUGAGUGACAUUUCAUUCCAUUACUGCUCGUCUUCCUGCCUCCACCAAUGCUCGGCUAUAGAUGAGGCAAAAUCAACUGUAAAUUGCCAGGCUGAGCUAAUCAGGACAUUGGCAAGAAGGUGGGAGUUACAGGGUAAUUGAAAUGAAUUGGAAUGAAAGAAGAGACUAUGUGAGUGGGAGGACCUCCAGCCUCAAUGCUCAUUUGACCCAUCUGAGGGGUUUUUGUAGCCUAAUCACGCCUUAGUGUUUACUGGAAAUGUGUUUUUGUUGUAGUCUGCAGAAUUGACUCCAUCUCCACUGAGGAAAGAGAUGCCAUUUCUAUCUACUGCCUGUGUUUUAUGUCGGACUCGUGAGGCUGAUUUGUUUCGUUUGUCCUCAGGUGACCUUGAAUAUGCUUUCGUCAAUGAUUCAAUAAACCUCACUGACUUUGUUUUC